AUGAAGCUGGUCGGCUUUAUCAUCACCGCCAUUCUCGCUCAUAUCUCGGUUUACGCUCAAAACGACUACGCGCAAGACGAGAUGGAGCAACAACAGCAAGAACCACUUGAUGGACAGUGGCAGCCCAAGACAAUCGAUCACGACAAAAUCGUGCCAUUCUCUGAGCCCGAGCCUGUCACGAUCUCCGAAAAGGCUGGUGUCAAGUUCAAACCUUUGCUUGAGAUCAUUACGGGCUGUGCACCGUACGCGGCUGUGAACGCAGAGGGUGCGACCAACGGUGGCCUCCGACCUUCUGGUGACCCGCAAAGUGGAUGCGAAGGAUCGAAGCUCGGGUCACAAGUUUAUGGGCGCUCCACCUGGCACAAAGACGUCUGGGCUAUAAUGUUCGCGUCGUACUUCCCCAAGGACUCGCCGUUGCCAGUGUUGGGUCACCGGCAUGACUGGGAGAACGUCGUGCUGUUUAUCGAUGACCCCAACAAAGUGGAGCCGGACGAUCUUGGGUUCGUCAUGAUCAAGUACGAAAGCUCGUUUCCGCUCAACCACGCAUUCAACAUUACUACUGAUGCUGGAUCUUCCCAGGACCUUAUCAUGUGGCACCAGAUGCCGGACCUGGCACGUCGAGCUCUGAAUGACACGGAUUUUGGCAAAGCUAAUACGCCGAUGAAUGACUUGAAUUUCAUGACGAAGAUCAAGGCUGCUUGGCCGUUUCAAACGAAAAAAGCUGGAGUAUGA